AUGGGGAAACGCCGACAGGAUGAUGCCGCUGCGGCUAGCGUAGCUGACGGUUUCGGUGCGGAUGGUGCUGCGGGCAGCCUCAGAGGCAGAGGCAGAGGCGGGGCGAAGAGGGCCCGCGGAGGAACAGGCGCUGUGAGAGGCGGGCCCAGCGGUUGUCGGCAGAGGAAGAGGAAGGGCGCGGCAGCGUCGAGUGGGACAUCAUCGAAGCCGUUCGUCGGCCCGCUGCUCAUCCGCUACGUGAGCUCCACGCCGAUCGACAAAUCGAAGCUCGGCAUGUGCGGCUACUGCGCCUGCGUCGAGGACGAGGAGAAUGCGUUUCCAGAUGUUAAGAUGCCUGGGGAACCGAUUGCUAAGUUCAUGCACGGGUGCAGCUACCAUUUCCGCGGGUAUUGCAGGGGCCAGUGGCAUCUGGAUCACCAGUGGACGCAGAUGUGCGCACAGGCAAACGAAGACGAUCAGCUCGCCGAGGCAUUCGAAGCAACGUGCGAGAUCUCAGAUGGCAAGGCCUUUGCCUCCGCUGGCCCUCACGACGUGAGCUUGAAGCAUGACACGGGCUUCACGGUGUACUCGGACUGCGUGUUGAUCACUGAGCAGCAGUACAAGAAGGAUAUCGCACCCGAAGGCGCAGACCAACUGGUUCCGUCGGACGCUGGCGAGCGCAUCACCGAGCUGAAGAACGAGCACCGCUCGGAGAAGUUGUCAGGCGUGUUGGUGGCGGACCCGUCGCAGCCGUACGUUAAGGUUCGCAAGUGGUCCAGCACGUACGGGUCUCAUUCGGAGUGGGCGCUGCAGGCGUCGGAGUUCUGCCGCGACCAGCAAGCCUCGGGCAUGGCUGAUGCGAUUGAUAAGUAUACCAGGGAGUUGUUGCCGACUGCCUUACGUGGACACGUUGCCGCCCCCACCAUUGCGGAGGUCAGGAAGCGCGCCAUCGGGGCAGCGAGGGCCAAGGGAUUGUUGGCUCGUGGGCCGUCGACCCCCCACAGGCCAGGUGAUGGCGAUCUUGGGGCUGAGACGCCACUCUCUGGUCAGGGCCUUGGCCCGAGAGCCAUCUGCGACAUCGCGUCUUCGCCAGCCGCUGCUUCUGGCCUGGAUGGCGAGUCGGCCUCAGGGGCGCCGUUUGCUUCUCCCGCCAUUCCGAUGCCAGCACGAGCUCAUGAUGCAGCGGGCGCUGUACACGACGAUCUUGCCGAUGAGAAGUCUGUUGUCAGCGCGGCCACCAUGCCUCUGAGGCGCGGCAAGAGCUCGAUGGACGUCGGCUUGGACGACCCCGACAAGGCCCGCUUCAAGGAGCUCGAGGCCAACAUCGACAUCUGCCGCAUCUUGAACAAGGGGCAGCAUCACGGGAUUGGGGACAAGAUCUACGCCCUCGCCAGGUUCAACCCGGGGAACAAUUCAAACGUGCAGGCAUCAAAGACGAGGUUGACGGGUCUGAUCGAGACAUGCACCACCCUCGGAGGGGACGCGGUCGACACCAUGAGCAGGGAGAUCAGGCUCAAUUUGCUGGAUCAACUGAAGCACCGCAAUAUUGACGGCGCCCUCAAUUUUAAGAUGAAGUUAGUCGCGGCGGCUGUCAGGGAGGCGACGUCGAUAACGGACAAGGUAAACAUCUGCAUCCCAUGGUCGGUGACAGACGUUUCAUUCGAGGAGCAGUUUUUGGUCAAGGAGCCCACCUUCGCACUCGUCGGGAUCCAGCCCGACAAGGCCGCCAAGGUGAGCAGGGAGUUCAUCAUCAACAAAAUCGUGCUUCCUCUGACCACCAAGCGCGAGGCCGACGUCGAUGAGGUAUUGGAGAUGUGCGAUGCUUUCAGCGAGCAUGUUGGAUCUGAUAAGCUACGCGACGCAGUUCCCGUUGAGCUAAAAGCGGUGGCUCAGGAGCUCUACGUCUUCUCGGAGAGCUUGAAGGUAUUGUUGGAUGCGUCUCCUUCCUCCAUCAUGGAUUGCCCCUGCAGGGUGGAGGCCCGUGCUUUCCUUCGUGAGGAGGGGGGCGAGGAGGACUGGAGGAAUGUCGUUUUCACGUUCGGCACGGGCCUGAAGGGCUGCCUCGCCGAGUACAGCAGGGCGUGCCACAGCGACAUCAAGCACGGCAAGGCGGUCAAGGAGUUCACCGAGCUGUUGGGCAGGAGCGACAUCACGAUUGACAACUUCGUGGUCGUAUUCGACGGCUUGGGCGAGUGGGGCAACCAGUUACGCACGGGUGGGGCCAACGCCUUGUUGAAAGCGAUGUCCGAGUCGCUCGAGAGCUGGGUCAAGAAGCUAUCAUCGUCUGACUCAUCGUCCUACGCCGACCAGCCCGCCCCCGACGCGUUGAGGUCAAUGGAGUCGAGGUUCCAGGAGUUCAUCGGCAAGGCUGUCGACUUCAGGGGGGUGUCCUCGGCCCACCUCAAACAGCAUCGAGAGUUGGCGGCUGAGCUCCGCAGGUAUUCGGGGUCCGUUGCGUCUGCGGCCCAGGAGGAUGCACUUGCCACCGCGUGCCGCGCAUUGGCCCCUGAGAACGAGGAAUCGAUAUCGGCCGUGCGCGCGGCUCGCCAGCAGUGCGUUGGGAUGAAGUUCGCGAGGGCCAGCACGGUUGCGAGCAUGAUGGCGUGCAUCGAGAUUUGCUUGUCGCGCUCCGCAGCCUUGUCCGCCGACACCCUCAGCAUCGCAUGCGCGGUUGACCUCGUCUCCGAUGAGAUGUUGAAGCUCCUCGGCGUUGCUUGGGCGCUCGCGACGGACAACAUCGAGGCGAGCGGGGGCACGAUCACUUCCCUUGCGGCAGCUAAGGUUCGCAUCGACGCCCUGUUCCAGUUCGCGAAGCUGCUGAAGGCUCGGAGCACGUUCGACCAGAAGAACGGGGAUCUGGUUGACGAGUGUGCAGCUGAGGCAUGGCAGGAGCUGCGCGCGACCGCUGUCAGGUUCAAAGAGGCGGUUUGGAAGAAGAGCGAGGCGGAGGCCACCGCCAACGGAUCUGAGGGCGCGCCAAGCGAUGGCCAGGACAAGUCGCCCGCCAUGGAAGGUUACGUGAUCAAUCCCGAGUUCGAGGCUUACGAGAGACAGUUCAGCGCAGUGUAUGGCGACACUGCCGCCAAGCUCGUAGACUUCUCCUCCACCUACUGGGACAACCUGGCGUGCGAGUCGGUGGCGAAGAUCAAGGAGUUCAUCGGCAUGGCAGGCGGCCUCCUGGACCUUUCAGGUCAGCACUGGUCCACGAGCGCGGCGGACCCCAACGACUUCGACUGCCUCCAGGACUGCUACAAGCGCGUCUUGUGCAAGCAGAAGGGCAUCACGACGAAGCUGAAGCAUAUCGAGACGAGCGAGCUCGCGAAGCUCGAGGGCGAGUUCAAGAAAGGCCAGCGGCGCGCGCAGGCCACUUUGUGGGAGGCAAGGGCCCUGCAGAGCUUGACGAAGCUCACGCCCGACACCGCGGCAGAGGUUCUCACAACCUUGCGGGACACAGUUCACGACUCGCGGGUCUUCUGCGAGGACGACGUCGCCAAGCCGAUCCUCGACAAGGUGUCGGACGAGCUUGCCAAGGCGCUGAACUCGGGAACG